ACCCACAAGAAAAUAGAAGGAACACUAGUGGUGAUGAUGCGACCAAGACGUCAGCCAAGAGAGCACCAAGGCGUACGAGUUUCAGGAUUAUUCAACCGCAGAGAUGUCAAAGGGUCCGAUAUGUUCCUCAGAUUGUGUCAGUUGCUCCCAUGCCAAGAACUACAGUCAAUCCCACCAUCUACAGCCCUGAGACAAUGUUUGGAACAGAAGCCGUCUACAAUCAACCCAGUUUUCAAUUCAUGGAGCAGGCACUACCUGACGCUUUCCCUGCGUACUGUAGUCAGGACUAUGUGGGAGAAUGGCCCAGUGAUUUGGAUGAGUUGGUUGCAAACUGGGACGAAGAAGGAAAUGUGUGGGAUGUCAUUAAAUGGUUCCCGGCUCCAACACACACUGCAGUUCCUACACCUCGCAUGGUUACCUACGUUCAAGAGAUGAUGAGCCAGUGGGACGAAACGUUUGACAACAAGUGUCUACAAGUAAUGGAGUGGCUCGGAUACCCAGACGUGGCCUCGCCUCAAGUUGAACCACCAAAGGUGGUAGUGGAGGCCCAGCCCAGCUCAUCACAAGCCUACAACCAGUGGUCAUCAAUGAAUGAACACACCUAGUCCUGCAGCAACAGGUUAAUCACCAUCAGCUUUUAUCCGAAUUUGUUGUUUAGUCCUUUUUUUAUUUUAGGAGAGGCUGAAAGUCUGAACCUACAUAGUACAUAAUCUAUGGUUUAGCAAUACUUAUAUAGUAUUUAUUUUACACAGAAUUUAAUAAGUAACAUAUUUAGACAGCAAUGGGUCUGGUCUAACCUAAAAAUUUAGUUUCAUUUUAUUACCAUCAGAUCUUUUAUCUGAAUUUGUUAUUUAGUUCUUUUUUAUUUUAGGAGAGGCUGAAGUCUGAACCUACAUAGUACAUACUCUAUGGUUAGCAAUACUUAUAUAGUAUUUAUUUUACACAGCAGUCAAUAAGUAACAUAUUUAGACAUCCAGCAAUAGGUCUGGUCUAACUUCAAAAUUUAGUUCAGAUCUUUUAUCUGAAUUUGUCGUUUUGUUCUUUAUUUCUAAGUGAUAUGGCUUGGCUUAACUUGUACGGUUUAGCAAUGCUCAUUAAGUAUUUAUUAUACUUUGUUAUUAAGUAACAAUAUUUAUAUGAAGUGUGUUUAUAUUCCUAUCAAGUGCAAUAUUUUGAUAUUGAGUGAUUUCUUUCUUUUUACAAGUUAAGAGGUUUGUGUUUAGUUUAGAAUAUUAUUUGCAUUUAAGUUGAUAGCAACCAUAUUUUUAAUGCUAUCAAGUAUUUUAGUUUUAUAAGCGUUUUCAUAUUUACAUUUUUCUUAUAAAUAAGUUUCAUGCUUUAGUUGUUAUUUGUAUUGUUUAUUAUUUGAAUAAAAUAAUUAGUUAACAACUGGUUUGUAACAAUUUUACCAUUAAGUAAUAAGUUUGUCUAUCUACCGGUAAUAAGUUUGUCUAUUUACCGGUAAUAAGUUUGUCUAUCUACCGGUAAUAAGUUUGUCUAUCUACCAGUAGUCAGUUAGUCUAUCUAUCGGUAAUAAGUUUGUCUAUCUACUGGUAAUAUGUUUGUCUAUCUACCGGUAAUAGAAAACAUUUUGUUUGAACAUUUCAGAUUUAUUUCCAGAUUAAAGCCUAUUUCCAUAAAUGCCUGAUUUAGUAUCAUGAGUGUCUCUAUUUCAAGAAUAAGUAAAAUACAUCUACUGUAUACUUGUGGAGAAAUAAUUGCUACUAAAAGUUAAAAAAAUUAGGGGCGGGCGAGUACUUGACUUUCGAGUAAUAAUUACUUCUUGACUUUUCCAACUCUCCAUCGUAAGUCAAGUUGUGACUACUACUUGAAAAUUGGAGUCGAUUAGUUAUAAAGACAUUGCCUAUCCAUACAAGUUAUUGUCUGGAGUUACUUUAUCAAUGUAUUUAUUCUUUACCUCACUGAAAUGAG